AACUCUGAGGACAGCUCUUCAAUGAGGGCUGCAGUCUGCCUCUGGCUCUUUUGCGAGGUUAAUGUUUUCUGGCAGCUCCGGUAAAAACAGGGACGUGGUGCGAGCUUUGUAGUGAGAAGGAGACCCGGACCGUCCAGCCCAAACCAGCCGCACAAUGGCACCGUCUCUCAUCCGAGCUUGCCGCAGUCUGGCUCUCUCGACGUGGUUAUUGUCGUUCUGUUUCGUGCACUUGCUGUGUCUGGACUUCACGGUGGCAGAGAAGGAAGAGUGGUACACCGCUUUUGUCAACAUCACCUAUCUGGACCCCGUCACUUCGGAGGUCAAGACGGAGAAAACCGAGUGCGGUCGAUAUGGCGAGCAGUCACCCAAGAAGGAAGCCAGAGGUCUGGUGCUGGUGCCGUCCACCCUGCAUGACAGACAGGCGUGCGACCCAAACGUCAGGUUCCCUCCUGUCCCGCACAACAUCGCCUGGGUGGCGCUGGUGGCUGCGGGGAACUGCACAUACCGAGAAAAGAUCCGGAACGCUGCAAACCACAACGCCUCUGCAGUUGUCAUCUACAAUGUGGGCUCCAGCAGUGCCAACGACACCAUAACAAUGCCCCAUCCAGGUACAGGCGACAUUGUGGCCAUCAUGAUCCCAGAGCCUAAAGGUCGUGAGAUUGUGGCCCUGCUGGAGCAGAAAAUCAUGGUCACAUUGUACAUCACCAUAGGAACCCGCAACCUGCAGAAGUAUGUGAGCAGAACGUCAGUAGUGUUUGUCUCCAUCUCCUUCAUCGUCCUCAUGAUCAUCUCCCUCGCCUGGCUCGUCUUCUACUACAUCCAGAGGUUCCGCUACGCUAAUGCACGAGACCGCAACCAGAGACGUUUGGGAGAUGCUGCCAAAAAGGCCAUCAGUAAGCUGCAAGUACGCACCAUUAAGAAAGGAGACAAGGAGACUGAGUCAGACUUUGAUAACUGUGCCGUUUGCAUUGAAGGUUAUAAGCCGAACGAUGUCGUGAGGAUAUUACCGUGCAGGCAUAUUUUCCAUAAGCACUGUGUAGACCCGUGGCUACAAGACCACCGGACGUGUCCCAUGUGCAAAAUGAACAUCCUCAAAGCUUUGGGAAUCCCACUCAACGCAGACUGUUCAGAUGAAGUUCCUCCAGACUAUGAAGCGUCUGUCGGGGGUCCACCCACCAACCCCAUCAGCGGGGCGAGUGACAUCACAGUUAAUGAGAGCUCGGUGGUUCUGGAUCCAGCCGGAAGAGCAAUAGGCCUGCAGCAGCUCCAUCCUGAUGAAGAGACAGAACUUCAGGCAGGGGACAGCCACAUCAUUGCCAGCAGUGAGCACCAGCCGCCGCUCAGCAGUGAUUCAGACACUUCAAUCAUCAAUGGCGUGGAGGUAGGCAUGUCUGAAGUAGAGCUAUCCACAGAGCAGGAGCGUGAUCGGGCCAAAUCUUGAGCUAAAAGCUGAAAAAAAAGUAAUAAAUCACCAGGAAAAGGAGGACAAAAGCAGGACAAAUUGACCAGGGGGGCCCCCAGAGAUUCGUCACAUCUUUGGCUCCUGGAGGAGGUGACUUCUUAGAGGAUGGACAAAUGAGCAAUACAACAUCGCAGCACAAAAAUACACCCAAAUCUGUCUUUACUGGCCGAGUCGUCCCUGCAUCUGUGGAUGUGUUGCUUGCUCGUUUUCUAGUCGUCACACCUCACCAUUUUGUUGGUUCGACUGUCAUGACGACCAGACAGCCAAUCACAGCUCUCACACUGUGGUGGCCCACUUUUUGUCACACGUUUCACAUCCUUAAAGCUAGCAACUGAAGCACACAUACAGUAACUGCUGAGAUGAUGGAGUUGGUUUCUCUUCACUCUGGCACCCUAAACCUGCUGCUGGAUACAAUAUGAGCACAAGAGCAGCAGGACCUCCGCACCGCCAGAUUGCAGCUUUAAUUAAUGUUAAAAUAUGUGCAGAUUGUUUCUUGGUACGAGAUCACUGCCAACAUAUUCCAGGAGUUUAACUGAUAUAAUGGAUACAUAGCACGUACAGAGUCUCUCACAGCUGGUGUGAAUUCCAACCAGCAGUUUUUCAACUUCAGACUUGGGCACACGUUAAUAUCCGUCGAAAACUUGAAGCGUAGGUCUUUCAAUUAAUUUUGUCAUUUAAUGAGUCUAAAUAUGUAUGCACACAUUAUGCUGUAAUUUUUGAAUUUCUAAUUGUAAGACUAUCUGUUGUUUUUUUUUGUGAGACCUUCAUUUGUACCUUUAACUGAACCUUCCUGUUGUCCAGAGGAAAAAAACAAACACAUGGUAGAUGUUUCUGUCCUCAUAUUUGACAAUCAUAGCUUGUCACAAGCAGUUUGAAGUGAUGUCACCCACUGCCCUACUGAAACUGCUGCUGAUUUACAAGUUAUCACAACACAUGGCGCCGGUGAUCACUCGCUGCUGUCUGUCUGCAGGGAUGUGUUCAUAUCUGGGUUCACGCUGCUGCUAAACACAGCUGGCAGUAGCAGUUGUCACUACCAAAAUCUGGCAGUGUGCUCAUAUUCUAGACAAACUUCCUACACUUGUCAAGCCAGCCAAGAUGAAUACAAGUGUUUGUGCCAAGAUUGUCAGUAGUGUUUCAGAAACUGUAGUUAUUUUUCAUGCACAUUGAUCCCCCUGCCUGUUAAACAGGCAAUGGAUCUGUUUGUUAUAUGACACCGAAACAUGAGGACGUGGAGUUGGAUGGCGUAUGUCAGUUUAUAGAGGGACUGUUUUGUGGAAAAGGAGGGAGCUAUGCAUUGCCAGGCAUGGUCAGAGUUCAUUUUAGGAAUUUGAUGCUCCAAGCAUGGGAUUUUUAGGGCAUGAAGAGCUUACAGCAUGAAAAUGUUUACAGUUGUGAAAUAAUUGAAAAGUUUCGUGUAGACUACAUCCACACCAAGCUGGCAAAUUCUGGAAAACAACAUGCAUUCAGCCUGUUGUUUUCUGGAGCUGCAGGAAAACAGAGAUAUUUGUUAUUCUUCGUCUUUGAUCAGCAAACAAAAUUGCAUCAUAGCCAACAUGUGCUGAGGAAUGAGUUACACAGACGCGUACUUUGCUUACUCUAACUUUUCAAAUAGUGGACGGGGCUACACCUCAGCUGCACAGGGUAUUGGGCCUUUAUUCAAAGCAGGCUUAUAUUAAUUAAUGUCCUUUGCUCUUCGUAAAAUACAACACAUUUUUGUUACAAAUAUUACAGAAGCACAUUAGCACGCUGCAGUCGGAACGACCAUCUGAGGAGCACGUGAAUGCACCACUGGUCUUGGCAGGUAGAUGUUUCAACUCGAGUCCCCGCUCAUGUAGUCAGUGCUGCUGCAGCACUAAGUUACAACAUGUCACAAAUCCAUGAGCACUCAGACAACAGGCUGACCUGGUACAUACCAGACACUAAAAAGAGUCACUCAAAAAGAAAUUUUUCCCCAUCACCAUUAUUUACCCUGUUAUUUUUCCCCUGUAUUUGGGGCGGGCCUUUAUUGUUAUUGUGCCCGUGGUCAUUAUUUGAUUGCUGGCCUUCAGUGUCAGUUGGUUGAACCUCUGUUUAGUCCUAUACUAAUCCCUUUGAUCACCAUCAGUGUGAGAUUUAAAAACAUAAAUUGAAGUUGAUGAACAUCUGUGGGAUCUUCAGUAUCAACAUUUAAAAUGAGUUGCUGGUAGUGACACGCUUACAGAGAAUCAUCACUUGAAUCUGCAGAAAAACACCAAAACAAAGGAAAAGAAGGUGCUUUUUUAAAUGUAGCGGGCUUAGUGUGGACGUACUCUUAGACUCCCGUGCUGAUGCUGCGGACUGUUAUUCACAUUCACUAUCUUUAGCAGCAUGUAGUUGAAUUAAUUCUUCUGCUUUUCCUUUUGUUGUUCUGUUUUCAUCCCGUCACUCACCCUUUAUAACCUUUUCAGUAAAGUCCUGUUGAACUAGAUCAGUAUAGGAUCUAAUACUCGAUCGAAUCUGUUUCCAGUCACAUUCCUGUAAAACUUGCACACUGAAGAAGCACACACUCCCCUGACUGAGUCAUUGGAGCCAGUGGAAUUUAACUGGGAGUUUUUCACUUCCAGUCAUUGUUUCCAUUAUGUCCUGCAGCCACCUGGGACUCUUAUAUAACACACACAUGUGCACACUCCCCUGUUUGGGUCAAUCAUUGAAGGAUUAUUGAAUAUAUGGGCAAAUGUUUCAUGAAUGUGUUGGUUUUUGGAGGGACUUACUUAAAGUGUUUUUCGAGACUGUUCUUGGCUGUAGCUGCUUGAUACUUACAGACUCUACGUUUUAUGUGUGUUGCAUCACACAGAGAGUCUACUAAACGUGUGGUAGCAUUAUAUAAGCUUUCAUGAAUGUAGAUUUACAUACACUAUAAAUUAGACAAUGCAAUGGAAAUAGUCAUUUAGUUAAAAAGCCUUGUUUACCUCUACUAUACAUGUUCUUUGUUGUAGAUAUGAAGCUGGAGGAUGAUUGUGAUUCUUGCCAGCACAUUAUAGACACAGAUGUUUACUGCCAGCCUAAUCUGGACCUUUAAGCCUCUGAACGUCACAUCAGCUCACAGGGAUAAUGAGACAGCACAAUACACAAGAUAACACAGAAACACCCAACAACAUCAAUAUCUGUUUGAUAUCCUCAUCUUUCUUUACAUGCUUUAAAUUUACAGGUCUUUCUCCUGUCAUCUUGUCUCCACCUGACACACAAAAACAACAAACAUCAUCUCCGUCUGACUGUUUGGUCGAAAUAGCAACAAG